AUGGCCAAUAAUGCUCCAAAGGUAGCAGCAAAGGAGCGCCGUGAGCCCAUGGCUGCGGUGGACAAGAAAGCAGCAAUUCUUGUAUCUCAGAUCAAAAGCAGCAGACAUUUCAUCGCUUUUACUGGUGCCGGUGUCUCGACUUCCGCUGGCAAUCCCUACUUUGUCUCACAUGGCCCUCGUGGAGUUGCAGAACAGGGAACCUUUGCUCACAGUCCUAAGGAGAUGAUCUCCGAGCUGCACGGCAAUAGCAAUCGCGAAUACUGCAAGGAUUGUGACAAAGAAUAUAUGCGAGGUCAGCCAUCGAAAAUAUGUCUUACAUACCUAAGCCUGCUAAUCGUCCUAGACUUCCGAGCUGUAUCUAACUAUGAAAAUGGUGAUCAUGACCAUCGUACGGGUCGCAAAUGCGUCCUUUGUGGCGGAGUUCUACUGGACAGCAUAGUGAACUUUGACGAGAAUUUGCCAGCUCGUGAUCUUGACCUUGCUCGGGAGAAUGCACAAAAGGCAGACUUGUGUCUUGUCCUGGGCUCUUCGCUUACUGUUACGCCAGCCAAUGGAAUCCCCGAAAUUGUUGGCCAGAAGGAAGACGCCAAGCUUGCCAUAUGCAACCUACAGCAGACACCCAUAGACGAUCUCACGAGUAUUCGCAUCUUUACAGAAGCAGAUAUACUGAUGGAAAGAGUGAUGAACAUGCUCGGCCUGCCAAUUCCACCAUUCACUUUACGACGGCGUCUUGUGGUUGACGUGGAAACACAAGACGACCGCCAUCGUAUAACGCUCACUGGAGUUGAAAGUGACGGGACCCCUAUGACUUUCCUUCAGUCGGUCAGACUUGAGGGUACACGACGUGUGGUUCGCGCGGAGCCGUUUACGAUUCAAGUUCGAGAUGCGCUUGAGCCUGGUGCAGAGUUGAAGUUCGAGCUCGAGUUCAUGGGCCACUAUAAUGAGCCGAAUCUCGAGCUUGUUCAUCCGUAUAACGGCUCUGGAAAGGGCUUUUAUCUACUGGAGUAUAAUCCACUCAACGGAGCGUUGGUUGUUGAGAGGCGUGCCAGCUUCUCCAAAUCCAUGCCAACGACUGACAUUUAG